AUGGACGGCCUCUCUGCUGCUGCGAGUAUUAUCGCAGUGGUGCAACUAACGUUUGAGGUUACGAAAUACAUCAUCGGUGUUGCUGGAGCCUCAAAAGAUCGACAGCGACUGCUUGACGAAAUUUUAGCUUGCGAGGCUCUACUCAUGCGACUCCGCGAUUACUCCAAAGGAACUGACGGACCCGAAAUUGAGGAUUGGGACGCCGAUCAGACCAAGGCUGAUAGUGCCCAGACGUGGUCGGUCAAGGUCAAGGCUUUGGAGAGCGAUAACGCACCUCUGUAUCGCUUGUAUAAGAUUCUCGAUGCUAUCAAAACAAAGCUGCAACCAGGCCACGGGAGCGGGAUCCAAAAGGUCAAGGCCGCAUUGAAAUGGCUAUUCGAUGAGAAGGAAGUGGUAAAGCUCGUCGAUGCGUUUCAGCGCGAAAGAUCACUUUUGCAUUUUGCCAUGACACACGAAACCACACAACUGGUGAAGCACAUCAAGGCAACCUCAGACGAUAACAGCAGACAAUUAGCCGACUUGGUCAGACUUAUCAAGAUUAAAGCGACUGAGGAUGAGCAACGAGUUGCUCGACUUGACCGUAUCCUGACUGACAUACAGCUGUCCAACCUCAACAUAGCAGAAGGGAUUGUGCACCUUCAACACAGUCAGACGAGCGUCCACCAGAAAGAAGUCCUCGCCUGGAUAUCACCCAUGGAUUAUGCCCCUCAACAAAGCGACAUAUUCAGCCGGCGAGAGCCAGGAACUGGGGGAUGGCUACUGGAAUCAGAUGAAUACAAUUCCUGGGUAAAAGGCGACAAAUAA